GUACGGGAGCUGUCAAAACUCCUUGGAAGUGUACGACGACGGACGGCAUCGUCGCGCGGCUGCCGCCAGAGUUUUCUCGCGCUCGCGCCCACCUACUCAUUCAACAUCAGAGGCUUGAUGGUUUCGGUUCGAUCGACGGCUUAGAGGAUUUCGUCCGACUAUCCGACCGUGACAGUAGUCAUUCCAGGGGCUGGUUGGAUUAGCUACUUGAUCGGUUCGGCGCGUGUGGUUUAGCUUGUUUUCCGCGGCCAAGAGCGUCCAGAAUAGUGCGGAAUUGCUGGAUAAUUUCCCUGGGAAUGUUAUUCAGUGCUUGUGUUUCUAGAUAAAGUGAACUUCUAGUGCUGCCAGUGCUGCUGGUGAAGGGAAAAAUUGAGGAAAGGAGGAAAGUGCGUAGCCUCGACCCUACACAGAAAAGUGAAGAAAAUGACGAACAUGAGCGAAGGUGAAAAACUCCGGACGGAGCAUCGGGACAUCUGCGGGCAGCUGAACAUCGAUGCAGCGACGGAGGAACAGUCUUGGAACUCGUUCCAAGCGACCCAGAAGACGUACAACUUGGAUGUUGACCAGCUGCAUUGGCUAUGCUGUUCGUUGUACACCACAUGCCGGAAGAAGGAGACUCCGACUGUGGGGAAUACCAACUCCGUACUACAAGGCAACUGCGUCUCGAUGACGCGACUCCUGAGACUGUGCAAAAUCAACCUGAACGAGUUCUUCAAGAAGAUUAACCAAUGGAUGGAGAUGACCGCCCAGCCGGAGGAAUGCCGCAAUGCAGUCAGUAGCUUGCAGCACAAUUUUGUCGUUGCGAUGUCCAUCUAUCAAAAGUACCGCGAAGUUUUUCCCACCAUCUUUGAAGCUCCCGGCGAUGAACUGGAACAGCGACGGGGAAAAAAGGCAAAGCCUCAACCGUGCACGGCCGGUCAGUUGUACAAGUUCUGCUGGAAGCUGUUCAUUUGCGCCAAGGCGGAGUAUCCGGAUCAGAACGGGGACUUGGUCAAGUCGUACAAUAUGCUAUUGUGUUGUUUGGACCUGGUCUACGCCAACGUGAUAGCAGACGGGCGCACGGAGCUGGUCAAUCGGAGCUUUGAAGGUUUGCCGAAGGAUUUCGUAAUGCAGGGGGUGGUUCCGACCGAACCGGUAUGUAUCAUUGAACAUAUCAAGGAGGACAACUGCACUUCGGUCAUCAUGGAUAUGAGAGAAAACAUCUGGAAGAGCACAAUUCAGAAGUUCUUUCAAACAAAUGUGCUACGUGGAAAUUCUGAAACGCUGAUGGAACUUAUCACGAUCGCGAAUUUCGAGUGUAACAUCAAAUCGCUAGACAGCACGUACAACACAUUCAUCUUGAGCUAUGGGGAGUUUGACGAAAGCAUUGCUCUUGAGCAAAAAACCCCAGAAGGAAGUAAUCCGGCAUCCAUAAAGUCAGAACUGCCCCUGAACGGAACUCCGGAACGCAUUCCGCUCUACCAGCAGACUCCGUUGAACAGCCGAACUCGUGGCGCCAACUAUGACAAUAUGACCAAGUUUACUCCAAUUUCCACCGCAAAUGCCUCCGUUGCUAAGCUUCGAAUGAAGCUGAUGAUCAGUAACGCCGGUGAGGGUCUGAACUCGUUCAAGGAAUUGCUACGAGCCUGCCCUCAGGAUCCGUCCAACGUGCUGAGAGCCCGGGUGGCCUCCAUGCGGGAAAAGUUCGUCAAGUACAUGCUCGAACUGAAAUGGAACCCCCAAGCCAUUGCCAGCCGCUGGGAUAUGAUACAGACCUUGUACUAUCGACUACUGGAGCAGAUCAUCCGCGCCGAACUGAGACGGACUAAGAUCAACAGGACAAAGGAGUUGUGCCUCGAGGACAUGUUCAACGAAACGCUGCUGGUAUGCAGCGCAGAAAUCGUAACCUUUGCGCACAACCUGCAGCACAACUUCCCGUGCAUUCUGACCGUGUUUGAUAUGGCGCCGUUUUUCUUCUAUCGGGUCAUCGAACUGGUAAUGAUGCACCACAACGAUCUCUUGUCUGGGGAGAUCAUAAAACAUCUGAUCAUUAUCGAGAACCAGUGCAUCGAGUCGCUUGCCUGGCAAAGUUCAUCCCCGUUGUGGCGAACGAUGGAGAACAUCAACUACAAAGUGCCUUGCGCCAGGGACGUGGAAUGUUCAAUCGAUCUCUCGGGUAUCACUCCGCACACACCUGGGGACAGUAGUGCGAGCAAGCUCACCAACGGACAGUCGAAAUUGGAAUCCACGCCUUCGACGUCAGCGUCUACGCCAUCGAGUAGCGCCUCGGGAAAUGUCCGGAAGCCAGCUAAUCCGGAUUCGGCUAAAAAGCGUCUUUUCAUGCUGGAUGGUGACGAGCCGGGUAAACCCGAUCCCGAACCAAGCAAAGAUGUGACGCCAGAUGGUGAAAGCUCCACGCUGGAAAAGAAGGAAACGUCGAGAGAAAGUACGGCUCCGAUUUCCUUCAUGUCACCGUUCAAGGCUCCCAUCCCGAAUGGAUCCGUCUCGAAGCGGAAGCCUGGAAAUGCUUCGCUGAAUCUGUUCUUCCGAAAGUACUACUCCACCGCCGCUCUUCGACUGAGACAUUUGUGCAACAAGUUGAGCUUCGCACCGAAUGCCAUGGAGGAAAUCUGGACCAUCUUCGAGUACUCGGUGGUCAACUGCUCCAUGGAGUUGAUCCGCGACCGGCACCUGGAUCAGAUGGUCAUGUGCUCGAUCUACCUGUACGCCCGAAUUAGGAGGCACGAGAAAAUGUUUGCCGAAAUCAUGAAGGCCUACCGGACCCUGCCACAAUCGUACAGCCAUGUGUACAGGAGUGUAUUCAUCGCGCGUAGAUCGGUGGAUCAACAGCAGCAGCAGCAGCAAGAACAACAAAAUGGGACCAAUGGCAAUAAUACCGAGGGCGGAGCAGAGUCGCGUCGAGUACAACCUGGCGAUAUGGCUGGGGUGUCCGUGCAGCACGGUGACGAAGAGCGAGGGGACAUCAUCCGGUUCUACAACACGGUCUACAUUAGGGAAAUGCAAAGCUUGGCCACCCGGUUCGGGAAUGAGGAAGGGCGUUCGUUAAUGUUGUCUCCGCUUCCGAAAACAACCAACCGGAGUCUGCUGCAAUCGCCGAAAAAGAUCGACUACCGAAUUUCGCUGUACGUUACUCCCAUGGACAAGAGCAACGAACUGAAGGAAUCGCCCAACGCCAUCACGAUUCCGUUUUGCCAGAGCCCUGCCAAGUUCCAGGACCUGCAGAAAAUCAACGAAAUCGUCAAGAACGCCCCGCAGAAUUCCUGCAAGCGCAGCCUCAGCGAUCCGGAUUCGUACGAACAACCGACGAUGAAAUCCACGCGCAAGUGCAAAAAGUUGGACCGACUGGUCUCGGACCGCCAGCAACAGGAAAGCAAUGUUAAUCCUAAGUAGGCGCACGUUUUAGGUUUUUCCGUUAAUUUUAAGUAACUCAAACGAUUACGAUAACCAUUUUUUUUUUUGGCCCAAUUGUAUAUAAACCAAUAUACAAGUUUUAUUACUACAGAAAACCUAUUUAUGUUUACAAGCUCGAAAAAUAGCAAACGGAUCAAUUGAGAUGUUAUGAGAACGGAAUGAGUAUGAGCUUUUCAAAGGCUUAAUAGUGAAGCCGACUACAUUCUUAUGGUCAUCGGGAAAGAAAAGGAAUGUUAUCUCGACAACCGUAGCUGACAUCGGAUUGAUGAUACACCAAUUGAGAUGUUAUACCUAAAGAAAUCACAAAACCGUAAAACAGCACCGUCUUGGACGGGAGAACCCCAUAUGGAAUAAAUAUCAUGCUUUAUUAUUGUCAUGCCAAUAGGCAUGGCAUGACAAAUAUAAAUCAUGGUAAAUACCAUUGUUCUCAGAGAGACGAUCCAUAUUAUAUCAAAUGGAACGCGUUGUUAAAUAUUUCGCAACAGCACAGAAUCGCAUUCGAUACCUCGGGCACCAAACUGGAAAAUAACGCACAAGCACACAUUACAAGGCUAAUUGAUCUCAAAAUCGGGUCGUUUUAUUGUGUAGUAAAAAUCCUUAGUUAUAUUUAUUUAUUUAAACUCCAGGGGAGAUCGAAUUUGUUGGUUAGGUAAUUUUUAUUUGAUUGUAUUAUUUGAGCGAAAAGACUCGUUUGUGACACCCACCCGCACGCCCGCAGCAUGUUGACUCAUGCCGGAGGUGUUGAGAUUCCGUCUGUCCACUUACAACUUGUUGUUGUUUGAAAUAUUUCAUUUUAAUCCAGGCGGACCUGCAGACUUUUACCACUUUCACUGGAAACAUUAUGACUGGAAAAUACAGAAUGCGACACAAUUGGAUCCACCAUGCCCAAAGUUCAAAAUUUAUCUUCCAUAAAACCGUUACCGUUUGGUUGCAGUAUCGAAUGCGUCUCGGGUGCACAAAAUCGCUUGAUCGUGAUUGACUAUCUGAUUUCGGUUGAAAUUUUUAUUUUCCAACUAUUAUUACCUAACUAACCCAUGUUAUUACCGCUUAUAUAUGUAUAGGGGUGAUCGGGGCAAUAUGGGCCACCUAAGGAAAUCGUUCUGAAAUGCACAGAAAAACUCAAUAAAUAAUUAUUUUAAUGUAAUUGAACCAUGCUUAGGAGUGUUUCCCUUCAUAUUGCGUCGAUAAAUUAUGAAAAAAAACUUUUUGUUAAUUGUUGGGAUAUACUUUUGAAAACCAUUGAUUUUCAUGUGUUUCCCAGCUAUACGGGGCAAUAUGAGCCACCAGGCGGGGCAAUAUGAGCCACCAUUUAAAACUCUUGUUUUUUUUGGACAAUGUUUCGUAACAAAUGAGAAAUAGAACAAUAUGAUUAUUUAACAACAAUUUAGUGUAUUUUAUACAAGUUUGAUUGUUUUCGUUUCAAAAUAAUAAAGAAACAUAAGCAGAUUUCAUCGCAUUUUACAAACGCAACAUUUGGUUCAACGUAGGCACAUAUUUUUCAUCACAGGCAUGAAUCCAAGAAUGGCAUCGAUGGCAUUGGUUCCAUCCCUCACACUCUGAGGAUGAACUGACGAAGGGAGACACAGUAAGGAAGCACUUACAAAUUACGUACCAUUUUUGGUCAAUUUUCUAUAGUCCCUCCCCAUCUGUAAUUUGUUUUCACAUACCUAAUGCAUGGCUCGUAACAAUAUCAAGAACUCUUCCCUCCCCCUCCAAUGCUACGUCAUUUAUGGACGGUUCCUAAAAUAACCUUCCUUGGCCGUUGCCAGAGAGGAUAUCGUUCCAAGCGAAGACCGCAAAUAUCCGGUUUCAUUCAACGUUUGAGAUUGGGAUGUAAUCUGUAGUGGCGCCUGUGUCUUGGCGGCGUUCAGGCUGCUAUGUAACCAAUUUUUUCGUUCCGAUCGCCGCUUGUAACCUCACACCAGUAAUGAACCAUGGUACUGCAGAUAAUGUUCAUGUUUUGACAGCAAAAUUUUGAGGUUAGGUUACAAAAUAAAACCGAUCAUGUUGGUCCGAGCAGGUAUGACCAUAUUGCCCCGUAGAGACUAGUUUCGGAAAAUUCAUGUUUUAUUGUAAUUUCAGUUUCGAAAAAAAUGCAGACUUGUUCACAAACUGCUCAGUAAUAGUAGGAGUAUAAACUGUAAUGGAAUAUUUACCUGGGCAGUAGGGAGUUAUCUGUUAAAAGCUUAUUUUGGAGUAUUAAAUCUUAUAACAUUUUUGCGUUCGUAGCAAAAAAUUGCAUUUUCAUUAAUAAUUGCAUUUCAGAAUCGAAUUUUGGUACGGUUUUUACAGUGAGACAUGAUUGAAGCACUCUAUAAAAGAUCCUAAGGUUUUGAACAGAACAAAACUUGAUAAUAAGGCCAAAUUCAGGGUGGCUCAUAUUGCCCCUACUACCCCUAAUCAAAUUAUAACCAUAUUUUGCUUAAUGACUAAAUAAACAUUGAUGUAAAACUGGUA